AUGGCCGACGAGCACGACCCGUCGCAGCGCCGCCCACGCGGCGACGAGCGCCGCCGCCGCCGCGAGUCCCACGGCGAGACCUCUGGCUCGGAGCGCCCGCGCCGCCGCCGCGACAGCGACGCCCGCUCGCCGUACGCGCACGACGGGCGUCGCAGGAAGGGGCACCGCGCGACGGACUCGCAGGGCGAGCUGCUGCGGCCCUCGCCGCGCACGUCGAGCCAGACGCCGCGGGACAGUCCGCGCGCGCACAGGGACAGCCGGUACCAGAGCGACUCCGAGUGGGAGAGCAUAGCGCCGCCGCAGCGUCGCAGCAGGAGGCCGAGUACGGCGGAGGGCAACUCGAGGAAGUCGGGCAAGCCGCUGAGUCUGGAUGCGCUGGCGAAGCUGGACAAGGAGGUGGCGAAGAAGAAUGGGGGGUGGCGUGGGUAUGACUACGACGAGGAUUAUCUCAAGGAGGUAAGGCGCAAGGAGAAGGCGCUGGAGAAGGACAGGCUGCUGGGUGCGAAAGCUGAGAAGAAGAAGGCGAAGCUGGACGAGGAGAAGAGGAAGUUUGAGGAGAGCGACAAGGAGAUUCUGGGGGAGAAGGAGAGGCGGAAACGGAGAGAGGCGCGGAGGAAGACGAGGGAGAGCAGAGAGGUCAAGGGCGGGGCUGUGCUGUUGGGCGACCUGGCGGGGAUGGAGAGCAGUAAGAGAGCGAGUCGGGCCGAGGAUUCGAGGGAGAGGAGACGGAGAGACGAGGCCAAGUACACACCGAGUGAGAUUGAAGAGAGGCGGGAGCGGAGACACCGCGAGAAGCAGCGGAACGAGCAGCGCAAGAGACGAGUCGUGAGCGGGCCGUUGGCAGAAGAAGGCGGCAUUGACGACGACGAGUACCAGUACAUGAUGGAGAAGCGCGGUGGAGCAGGCAGCGCGCGAAUGAUUCUGCCCCCAGAAGGGUAUGCGAAGAAGAAGAAGCGGAAGAAGAUCAUCAUCGGCGUAGUCUCGGUCCUCAUACUCCUGGCCAUCAUCAUUCCCGUAGGCGUCAUGAUGUCGAGCAAGAAGAGCGACGAUGCACCGCAGGGCGACACAUCGGCUGGGCAGACAGGGCCGAAGACUAGCAAUCUCGACGGCAAAGACCCAAACAGCGUCCCGAAGGAGGACAAGGGCGGCAUCUUCGACCCAUGGGCAUGGUACGACACGGACGACUUCAACGUCACCUACACAAAAGAGCUGGUGGGCGGUCUCCCCAUCAUCGGCCUCAACUCGACAUGGAACGACGACGUCCAGGCCAACUCCAAGGUCCCGAAUCUGAAGGACUCCUUCCAGUACGGAAAGAUGCCCAUCCGUGGCGUCAACGUGGGCGGCUGGCUCAACCUCGAACCAUUCAUCACACCCUCCUUCUUCGAAGGCUUCGGCGCCCGCGACGGCGUAGUGGACGAGUACACGCUGAUGAACAAGCUUGGCCCGGUCAAAGCGAAGCAGAUGCUGGAGGAACACUACUCCUCGUUCGUCAACCGCAAGACCUUCCAAGAGAUCCGUGCAGCCGGCCUCGACCACGUCCGCUUCCCCUUCGGAUACUGGAUGGUGCAGGUGUACGACGGCGACCCAUACCUGCCGCAAGUCUCGUGGCGCUACCUCCUCCGAGGCAUCGAGUACUGCCGCCAGAACGGGCUGCGCGUGAACCUCGACCUCCACGGCGCGCCCGGCAGCCAGAACGGCUGGAACCACUCCGGCCGCCAGGGCGUCAUCGGCUGGCUGAACGGCACCGACGGCGACCUCAACGCCCAGCGCACCCUCGACAUCCACCACAAGCUCUCCGUCUUCUUCGCCCAGCCCCGCUACAAAAACCUCGUCACCAUGUACGGCCUCGUCAACGAGCCCCGCAACGUCGAACUCGACACGGCGCGCGUCGUAAACUGGACCCAAGCCGCCGUCGACCAGAUCCGCGCCGACGGCAUCGGCGGCAUCAUCGUCUUCGGCGACGGCUUCAUGGGGCUGGACAACUGGCAGGGCAAGCUGCAGCAGAACAAGAACCUGCUGCUGGACGUGCACCAGUACGUCAUCUUCAACGUCGACCAGCUGUCGCUCGGCCACCGCGACAAGCUCAACUUCGCCUGCUCCGCGUGGACCCAGCAGUCGCGCCGCUCCAUGGACAAGACCACGGGCUUCGGACCCACCAUGUGCGGCGAGUGGUCCCAGGCGGAUACAGACUGCACACAGUACAUCAACAACGUCAACAUCGGCACGCGCUGGGAGGGCACGUACGACACCGGCAACGCCUCGACCUCGAUCCUGAAGCCGCAGUGCCCGGAGCCCGCGCGCUGCUCGUGCGGCCCCGCCAACGCCGAUGCCAGCGCUUACUCGGACGCGUACAAGUCGUGGCUGUACCAGUUUGCCAUCGGGCAGAUGGACGCGUUCGAGGCCGGCUGGGGCUGGUUCUACUGGACGUGGACUACGGAGCGGUUUUCGCAGUGGAGUUACCGGCACGGGCUGGCGGCGGGGAUCAUGCCCAAGCUGGCGAAUGAGCGCGAUUGGAGUUGUCCGAGUAAUGGGCUGCAGGGGCUGGAUGAGUUUGGGGGGUUGGAGGAGUUUUACUGA